AGCCCUUCCUGAUGCCCGUUGAGGAUGUUUUCUCCAUCUCGGGCCGUGGUACCGUCGUGUCGGGCCGUGUGGAGCAGGGUAUUAUCAACACCGGUGACGAAGUGGAGCUUGUCGGCCUUAAGCCGAGCACCAAGACGACGUGCACGGGUGUCGAGAUGUUCAAGAAGUCUCUGGACCGUGGCCAGGCUGGUGACAACGUUGGCCUGCUGCUGCGCGGCCUAAAGCGCGACGAGGUUCUGCGUGGCCAGGUGCUGUGCAAGCCCGGCACCAUCAACCCGCACACCAAGUUCGAGGCCGAGGUGUACGUGCUCAAGAAGGAGGAGGGUGGCCGCCACACGCCGUUCUUCAGCAACUACCGACCGCAGUUCUUCUUCCGUACCGCUGACGUGACGGGCAACAUCCUGCUUAAGGACGGCACGGAGAUGGUCAUGCCUGGUGACAACACGGCCAUUGACAUUGAGCUUAUCCACCCCAUCGCUCUGGACUCCGGUAUGAAGUUCAGCAUCCGUGAGGGCGGCCGCACCAUUGGUGCCGGUGUCGUGUCCAAGGUCGAUGCGUAG